GAAUCGCCCCAUCAGGAAGCUGUAGACCGUCGGAAGGACACCUGUCGCGAACAUCAGCCUCGGUCCCGCGGCUCAAGCGCCUCCACCAACACAGUAUCUCGCCGCCUGGGAUCGCAUCAGCGUGACGGUCUGCAGCACGGGCUGCUCGUAAAUCACGCGCGUAGCCGGAUCGUCUCCGUCGUCGCAGUUCGCAACGCAUUGCAUAUCCUGUGCGCGGGUUAAAUCAGCCGGUUCUGGUCGACAUAGCCUCGACGACUCGCUUGGUAUUUCGUCAACAGAGACAUGCACGAGCCCUGCGGAUGAUCAGCAGCACGUUCCAACCACCAGUUGAGCGAG